AUGAGCGAGAAGGCAGCCUCUGCCUUCGCCCUACCAUCUGGUGCUCGCCCGCAAGCGCCCUGCGCAUUCGCGCCCCUUUCGACUGUGCCAUCGUCUUCCUCAGCGCGUCGCUUCUCUACUUCAACGCGGCCAUACGUUCGCCCACGCGGACUGCGGAUAUGGAACCUUCUCAAAACGUGGAGUCCAAUCUUAGCUUAUGGUGCCACCUCGCUAGGCUUUGUCCUCGCGAUUGCAUUCUGGAAAACGGAGGUCUUCGAUGGCCUUGAUCACCUUAGUCAUUGGCUGCGCAAGGACGAACAUUAUGGCCAUGCCGUACUGUUCUGUCUUAUCUUUCUCACCACAUUCCCCCCACUCCCGCUCUAUUCAACUCUGAUUACGCUCUCGGGUUACACCUUCGGGGCCUGGACUGGCGCCGUCCUCUCCUACUGCGCUGCCCUUACGGGUGCGAUCGUCGUUUUCAGUCUCUCUCGCGCAUUCCUGCGUGAAUCAAUCGCUCGCUGGCUUACCUGCACACGCCCUCUUGCGCGUGCGGUCCGUGCAGUCGAGAAACGACCCUCAUUGCUCUUCCUCGUUCGCCUUGCGCCUUACCCCUAUAACGUCCUCAACGCGCUUCUGGCUGCCGCACCGACACUCACAUUCCGCACAUAUUUCACGUGUACCGCCAUCUCCCUGAUCAAAGUUAUCGUCCAUACAAACAUCGGUGCUGGUAUCCGCUCGUUCAGCGAACAUGCCAAGGAUACCGAAACUGACGAGGACGAUGGAUGGGGAAAAUACUGGACUUUUGGUGGUAUUGCUCUCUGUAUAGCGCUCUUUGUCUACCUCAGCAUAGUCGCUCGUCGUGCGGUUGAUGAUGAACUCGACGACUGCGACGAUGGUUCCAAUGCCCGUGAUGAAGAACGCGUCGCGCUUAUGACUGAAGACGAAGAGGCUACUACCGGUCUACCCGUGUCAGCGCCGCCUAGUGCACGUCCCUCGUUCUCUAUUCCACGGCCUACGACUGGGGAUGGUCUUGUGUCGGCCCAGUUACUCCCAAGCGGGAUUGUCUUGCCUGUAGAGCACGAAAACAAGAACUCCGAGCUCCUACCUUUGUAG